AUGACCACCCUAGGCCCCAUGCCCCCCCAUGGGCCGGACGUCACCGGUAACCAUCCCCAGUACGAGAACUUCGACGAGAUGAACGCCCACGAGCGUGAUGCCUUCGACAAGCUCCUCCGUCCCGACGACUGCUACACGCCCGAGGGUGUCUACUGGGCCGAUCUGCCCUUCUCCAAGCGUAUCGGCUUCAUUCUGAAGAACGAAAAUGCCGAGUCGAAGAAGGAACUCGGCGAGCUCGGCGCCAUUAUCAAAGCCGAUCCUCUCGCUCCCAUCGGCAUGUACUUCAAGAACUAUGUCCUGCCAGGUGCUGGUCUUCUCUUGGAAGGUUACGUCCUGUUCUCCGUCAGUUCCGUGCAGUCCCUCUUGGGAGACGCUUUCGAGGACUGCUGGAAAAACCACAAGACCUGCAACGUCAACUGGAUCAACUCGUUGACAUACUUGGAAAUCGCUGGUAUCAUUGUUGGUCAGGUCAUGGUUGGUUUCGUCGGUGACUGGAUUGGCCGCCGCUGGGGUUUGAUUCAGGAUGCCGCUAUUAUGUUUGUCGGUUUGCUCAUGCUCACCGCUGCCUACGGUGUCACCGAGAACGGCUGGGUUAUUUGCUAUGCCUGGUCCCUUUUCUUCUACUCGAUCGGUGUGGGUGGUGAAUACCCCAUGACUGCCACCGCUGGUAUGGAAAACGGUGUUGGAUCCGGCCGUGUCUCUUCUCGCGACGAUCGUCUCCACCGUGGUCGCAAGGUCGUCAGCGCUUUCUUGAUGCAGGGCUGGGGUCAGUUGCUCAACCAGGGUCUCCUGAUCAUCUUGCUCCUCAUCUUCCACGGCAACGGUGACCCUCCAUACACCAAGGUCUCUGCCCAGUGGACUUACCGUGUCUCCUUCGCCGUCCCUGCUGUCGGAACCCUCUGGCUCACCUACUACCGUACCUAUCACAUGAAGUCGGCCUCCAAGCAGCUUCAGGCCGCCAAGAAGAAGGCUGCCGUCACCGGUUACGACGUCGAGUCCCUCCGCCUCACCCUCAAAUACUUUGGUCCUCGUCUCCUUGCUACCUCCUUCGGCUGGUUCGCCAACGACAUCUUCUUCUACGGUAACAAGCUCUUCCAGUCCGAGUUUAUCUCCGUUAUUCUCCCCCAUGAGAAGUCCAUCAUGCCCUCAUGGCUCUACAACUUGCUCAACAUCGGUGUCUCCCUGGUCGGUUACUACAUGGCUUCUUUCCUCGUCGACAGCAAAUUGUACGGUCGUAAGUGGAUGCAGCAAGUUGGUUUCUUGCUCUGUUUCAUUCUCUUCGUUGUCCCCGGUUUCCACUACCACUACUACACCGAGAAGGCACACAUCAAAGCCUUCCAGGCCAUGUACUUCCUGUCAUCUUUCUUCAACCAAUUCGGCCCCAACUGUAUCACCUUCUUGGUUGCCGCCGAAGUCUUCCCUGCCCCGAUCCGUGCCUCCGCUCACGGUACCUCCGCUGCCUGGGGUAAGGUUGGAGCCUUGAUUGCCUCCAUCGUCUCCGUCUACACCACCGUCGAGCUCCGCUUCAAGAUCUGGCCCUGGUUCGGUCUUGCCGGUAUGCUGACCACCUUCUUCUUCCUGCCCGACACCACCGGUCUCGACCUCAAGGAACAAGAGCGUCGCUGGUGGUACAUCCGUAACGGCCGUGAGAACGAGUACCACGGUGUCGCCAUUCACCCUCAACACUUGUCCGUGUGGGAGCGCUUCCGCGGCGUUGGCAAGAACUACAACGCCGAGCUCGACUACAAGCAGAAACUCGAGGACUACCGCGCCGAGUGGGAAUCUGGUAUUGCGCGCAAGGUCUCCAACGAGGAUGGCGAGAUUGAGGUUGACUCUGACGAGGCUUUGUUCGAGGGCCAUGUCCACAGCUACUUUGAGCGUACCAGCCCCAUGUUCCGUGGUACUGAGAAGCUUGGUGGUCAGACUUUUGCCAGUUUGCCCCCUGCUGCUACUUCGGUUGAGAGUGACUCGACCGAUGCUGCCGUUGCUGUGACUGAAAAGUAA